GCUGUGUAUCUCUGUAGCGGGGGAAGGCCGCAAGAGGGGCCGCAGCAGACGUAUGUUGACGUUGCUAUGGCAUAUUGGCAUAUUCAAGGAAGACGGUACUUGGCGAUACCUGAUUCUUGCAGACUUUAGAAAUCGUGUGUUUGCCCCCUCCCUCCCCCCGUUUUUGGGAACACAUUUUGUCGGGCGGAACGAACGAGAAUAGACAGCAACUGAGGACGAAACGCAAAACUGUGCAUCAAACAGAAAUAUGGCUGGGAAGGCAAAGGGGAAAAAGAAGGCAAGCUCUGGUGCUGCGACUAAGAAACCAUCGAAUGGAGGCAAAAAUGGAAGUGGUGGAGGGAAUAGUGAUAAAAAGAAGAAAAAGUCUGGAGGUAAAAGGAAGUCUGGUGGUGGAAGCAAAUCGAGAUGUAAUAUUGACAUUUUCAACCCAAUCGCCAUGGAAAAUGCCUACUACACAUGCCACAACAUACAGGAUGUUUUGUACUGCAGAGGAUUUCCUUGGCCUGAUGCACAGAAAAAGAAGAAAAAGGGAAAGAAGUAAUAGAAGUUUGCGCUGUAAGUUUAUAGAUAAGUUGACGGUUAAUUUGCUGUAAAUUAGCUAUCGCAGAAGAGUAACCAUAGUCCUUCAAUAUAAAGGAGUGAUUAAAUAAGAUUGUAAAUGUAAUAA